AUGGCUUCUACUGCCAUGGAUUUCUGGAAUAACAAUGAGUUUCAGCAAUCAACAGCUGGUGGUGAAUUAAUGGAGGCACUUGAACCUUUUUAUAAAAGUGCCUCACCUUCCUCUUCUUCUUCUUCUUAUUCUCAUUCUCAAAUGGCGUCUUCUAAUUACCAAAAUACCCUUCCUUUCUCUACUCCUUCUGCCUCUUAUCCAUACCCUUCAUCUUUCGACUCAUUUCCUUCAUCUUCUUCUUACGUCCCCACCACCCAUCAACAAACCGGUUUCUUCCCGGAUUACUCAAUCCAAGACCGGUUUGUGUACGACCAACCCGGUUCUUCCCUCGGGUUGAACUUGAACCAGUUAUCCGAAUCCCAGAUUUACCAGAUCCAAACCCAGAUGGAAAUACCCACACAAUGGCCACAGAAUAAAUUGAAUUUCAUGGCUCAAGAUCCUGAUCCUGUACCCGUGAAACAAUCCGGGUCACCUCCGAAACCCCCGAAGCUUUACAGGGGUGUGAGGCAAAGGCACUGGGGAAAAUGGGUCGCCGAGAUCCGUUUACCCAAGAGCCGGACCCGGCUUUGGUUGGGUACAUUCGACUCUGCGGAGGAAGCGGCGUUGGCGUAUGAUAAAGCCGCGUAUAAGCUCCGUGGAGACUACGCGCGGCUCAACUUUCCGCAGCUUCGGCAAAACGGCUCUUACGUUACCGACUUUAAGCCGUUGCAUUCUUCUGUCGUCGCCAAGCUACAGACGAUUUGUCAGUGUUUGGCGGAGGGGAAGUCCGUGGACGGCACUAAGAAGGCCGGUUCACGGCGGUCAUCGGCGGGGAAGACAGCAACAGCAACAGUUUUGUCGCAAGAGGCUGUGAAGGUGGAAGGUUGUGAGAGCGAAGGGUAUGCCGGAUCGGGAAACUCAUCGCCGUCGUCUGAUCUGACGUUCCCGGAGUUCACGGAGGAAGACAAUGCUUGGUCGGAGAAUUUCUCGCUGGAGAAGUAUCCGUCGUAUGAGAUCGACUGGGGUUCGAUCUAG